CAAACGUAAGCUUAAUUGGUGGGAUAUGCAAUUUGUAGAUUAAUUAAUAUAUGGUAGCAAACGCUUCCCUCGUACAACCACACAGAACCCUCAUUACAUAUAUAUUCCAACACCCUAAUUUAAUUCUCCCCCCUUCCUUUUCCAAACCUUCAAUUAUUUCCUUUCCCUGCAACCUUUCAUUUCUUAAAGGUCUUUUACUAUUUUUGGUUACCCUUAAUUAAUUCUCUUCUUCUCCAAUUUCUCUUUCUCCCUCGCCAGUCAAUUCAUUCUCAUACCUCAAACUCAACUUCACGCGCCGUCGUUUACUUAAAUCUCUGCUGUUCAAUGUUCUGGGCUUUUUUGCAUCAACCCAAAUGGAGCUGCCUGCAUGAACAAUGAAUAAUAAUGGAAUUGGAAGCCCUCCGACGACUAGCUACUUGUUGAUACACCCAUUAUCAUUCCAAAAACCAUGUCCUCAAAAAUGAAAGGAAUCUACAAGAGUUUCAAAUACAUCUCUCAAAUCUUUGUGGUGAAAGAGAGAGAUAUGGAGAUUGGGCAUCCAACGGACGUGAAGCACGUGGCUCAUAUUGGAUUGGAUAGUUCAUCUCCUUCUGCUUCAGCACCCAGCUGGAUGAAUGAAUUCAAAACGGCCCAGUCCUUGGGCGACGCCAGCGAACGAAGAGAUUCCAAUUCAACCGCUAUAACUGCUCUCACUCAUUGGUCCACUCAUUCCCAAGAGUUUGAUCUUUCAAUAGGUUACCAAUCCGCAUCCGACGCGUCUCUGGAGGCUCCAAAGAAAUCGAAGAAAAAAAAGAGUUGCAAGAAUUCGACAUCUGUCAGGUCUUCGUCUUCGUCUUCCUCUUCAAGAACGUCGAAGCAGAUCCCAAACUAUCAACUGUAGAACACUAGAACACGAACGGCUCAGAUUUUCCACAUUUUCUGACAAUUCUUCAAAGCGGGGUUGUUCCUUCUUGGAGUGCAAAUUUGUAAAUUUUUUUUUUUUUUAUCUUUGUUCCCUCGGUUGCGUAAAUAGUAGAAAACCGACGGACUUCGUUUGUUUUCAUUUCUAGU